CGAGCUCACUCAGUCUUUGGAUAGCGUGCGAGGAGAGUGGACGCACACACACACACGCACACACUCACAGGUUCACACACACGCACACACACGUACACACACCCAACUUAUGCGUGUGUGUGCGUGUUAACUUUAUAUAUACCUACACAUGUGCGUAUAGGGAAGAAGGUAUAUAUGUGUGUGUGUGUACGUGUGUUGUUACGAAGAUGAGGAAUAAGGAGACGAAGGAAGAAUUAGUGAAACCAUAGAAGAGAAAGGAAGGAAGGAAGGAAGGAAGGAAAAACAGUGAAGUGUAUAGAAGAAACGAAGAGAAGGAAAGAGAAGAAACUAGAAAGGAAGGAAGAAAGAAAAUAAAGAAAGAAAUGGAAUGAAUGGGAUAAUAGCGAAGGAGAGGAAUUAGAGGAAAAAGGAAGAAAAGGAAUUAGAAAAAGAAAAAGGAAAGGAGGAAAAAAAACAAAUAAACGUGGAAGAGAAAGAAUAAAGAAAUGUAAAAGGAAGAAGAAGGAGAAUAAGUAGGAAAGAAGGAAGAAGAAGGAAAAAAGAAGGAUAAUUAGAAAGAAAGAGGAAAGAAAAAAAAGAUAAUACAGAAAGAGGAAAUAAGAGAAAAAGAAAGAGAAAAGAAAGUGUUUGUAAAUAAUAAAGAGAAAGAAACGAAUGAAGGAAAUAGAGAAAAAAAUUAUAAAGAAAGAGAAAGGAAAGAAAAUAAGAAUGAGAGAAGGAAGUGAGUGAAGUGAAAGACGAAGAAGGAAAAAGAAAAUAGACAAUAGAAAGAAAGAAAGAAAAGAAAGGGAUAAGAAAGAAAAGGAAUAAAGAAAGAAAGGAAUAAAGAAAGAAAGGAAUAAAGAAAGGAAUAUAGAAAGAAAGGAAUAAAGAAAGAAAGGAAGAAAGGGAUAAGAAAGAAAGGAAUAAAGAAAGAAAGGAAUAAAGAAAGAAAGUGAUAAGGAAGAAAAGGAUAAGAAAAAACGGAAUAAGAAAGAGAGAAAUAAGAAAGAAAAGGAAGAAUAAGAAAAGAGAAAAUGAGAGAAAGAAAGAAAAAUAACACGAGAUGAAGAACAGGAAGAAGGAGGAAGAAAGUGAACAAAUAACGAAUUGAGGAAGAAAGGAAGAAGAAAAAAAACUAAUAUCAGACUUAAAACAAACAAACAAAUAUAUAAGAACACACAAACAUGGAAGCCUUACCACCACCACCACCACCACCACCAACGUCAUCACCACCACCACCACCACGAACAACCACCACCACCAUCAACACCACCACCUCAACACCAGCACAUAGACCCUGGACCAUUUGGCAAAACAACCUGAGAUAUACCAUUGCAACACUACUUAUCAUCACCACUACACUCAACACCACUACCACCACUACUACUGCUGGUAUAGGUGGUGUUGGGGCGGUGGAGUUAGGCAUGGUGUCAACGCUGCCCCGGAAAUGCGAAAGGAUAACUAUACCCAUGUGUCAGGAGGUGAAAUAUAAUUAUACCAAGAUGCCGAAUUUGCUGGGCCAGUUUAGCCAAGGAGAAGCAGCCAUCAAGGUUCACGAAUACAUGCCUUUGGUUGACAUUGGUUGCAGCCAGCACCUUCGCUUCUUCCUAUGCUCCGUGUAUGCCCCGAUGUGUACCCCUAUUUUGGACGCUGGCAUACCCUCUUGUAGGUCUAUAUGCCUGGAGGUCCGUAAGAAUUGCCUGCCCGUUCUUCAGAAAUUCAACUACACGUGGCCGGCUGCCCUGGACUGUUCCCGCCUGCCCAACCCAAGUCCUGAGACCCUCUGUAUGGAACCCGACUCUAAUUCCUCCUCCUCCUCAGCUUCUUCCCCUCUCCCAGAUCCGCGUGUUCCUCCUCCUCCUCCUCCGCCUCCGCCUCGACCUCCUGUUACUUCGGUUAAGGACACCCCCCCCAGCCUAUGCCCCCCCAAACAGACGUGGGUGGGGGCGGGGGGCGAAGGGGUAUGCGCUCCCCUCUGUGAGAAAGACGUGCUAUUCAGGAGGACCGACAAGCACUUCGCGGAGGUCUGGUUAUUGGUGUGGGCAGGCCUAUGCUUCACCUCCACCCUCUUCACCGUGCUUACCUUCUGGCUCGAGCCCGGGAGAUUCAGGUACCCCGAGCGACCCAUCAUCUGCCUGUCCCUCUGCUACCUGCUCUACGCGCUCGCCUACCUCGCCAGGCUGGUCGCUCCGGUGUGGAUUCUGUCCUGCGAGAAGUCCUCAAAUGGCGUCCUACACCUGACAGUGGAAGGGCUACUCUCCUCUGGCUGCAUCAUUACCUUCAUAUUACAGUACUACUUCAGCCUGGCGUCGGGGAUCUGGUGGGUGGUGUUGACCUUCACCUGGUUCCUCUCGGCCGGCAAGAAGUGGUCCUCGGAAGCCCUACAAGCCUAUGCCUCCUACUUCCAUACGGUCGCUUGGGGUCUGCCUGCCGUCGCUACCAUCCUCGUUCUUACGCUGAAGCAGGUGGAUGGAGACGAACUGGUGGGGCUGUGUUAUGUAGGCCUAUCCCGACGUUGGGCCCAUCUUGCCUUCGUCAUAGUGCCACUCUCCAUCCUGUUGGCACUUGGCACCUUCUUCAUCGCCCUGGGCUUUGUGGCGCUCUUCAGAAUCCGCCGGGCCAUCAAGAGCGAAGCGGAUGUCUCACAGGCGGAUGCUGCAACCACCACCACAACCACCACCACCACACCGCUCUCCCUCACCACCACCACCACAAACAGCCACCCUCGUACCCUCAACAACAUCAACAAACUGGAGAAGCUCAUGGUCCGAAUCGGCGUCUUCUCCGUCCUGUAUACCGUCCCUGCCAUCUGCGUCAUCUCCUGCAACGUGUACGAGCUCAUGUGGCGAAGGCGGUGGCGGGAGAUGGCGGACCAGGCGGCUCUGAGGUGCACUUCGUCGGGGUACCACCAGCAGCAGGGCUUCGGUGGUGGUGGUGAUGGUGGUUGGUCGGUGGGCACGAUGCACUACCACUCGGGUCUGGUUCGGACUGGAGACUGUAAUACCUUGGAGCAAAGCAUUCCGUCGGUCGAGAUCUUCAUGCUCAAAAUCUUCAUGUCUCUUGUGGUGGGCAUCACUUCGGGAAUGUGGAUCUGGUCUUCAAAAACGGUUACACUAUGGCAAAAAUUCUUCCGUGAUUUAUGUGGACGUAGAUCGACGCUCCGCAAGAAAGACGGGAACAUGUACCAGCCCCCAGCCGGCCAGACCCAGCCCCAGAGCAUAGACAAGGCCACCAACGGACGUCACACAGUCAUAGGCGGGGCUGGGGUGGGGCUGGGAUGGGGGGCGGAGGAUAGACAGACCCCCCAUGACAACACCCGCUCCCUGCCCCGUUCCCAGAGGUCCCCCCAGUAUCACCAGGCGCCCACAAUGCAUCUGUCCCAAGUGUAG